AAGCUGGUGAAGUGCUCGCUGCUGACGCUGGCGUGGUUCGGGCUGAGCACGUGCCUCGCGCUCUUCAACAAGGCUCUCUUCGGACAGCGCAAAGGAGGGUUCCCGGCGCCCCUGUUGCUCACGUCGGUGCAGUUUCUGAUGCAGUACCUCAUCGCGGCGGCGACGCUGCGGUUCGUGCUGCCGCGAAUGCGCCCGCGGAGGCCGAUACCGUGGGGCGUGUACCUUCGGCAGGUUGCACCCGUCGGCGUCGUCAUGGGCAUGGACAUCGGGCUCAGCAACCUGUCCUUAGUGUACGUCACCGUCAGCUUCUACACGCUGGCCAAGACGAGCUCGAUCCUCUUCCUGCUGGCGUUCGCCUUCUGGCUGCGGCUGGAGCCCGUGAGCUUGAGGCUGACGGCGGCGGCGCUGACGCUCACGCUGGGCGAGGUGCUCACGGUGCAGGGCGAGACGCAGUUCAACGCGUUGGGUUUCUUCCUCGUCAUCGCGGCGGCGGCGUGCAGCGGACUGCGUUGGGUGCUCUCGCAGCGGGUGCUGCACGCCAAGAACGGGCUGGAGGGGACGGGUUUAAGGCGGAGCCACGGGAUGCACAACCCGCCCGCGAUGCUCAGGACGAUGAUGCCGGUGAUGUGCGGGGUGGUUUUCGUGUUUUCGUGCUUCCAAGAGGACUGGUGGGACACCGUGCCCGGGUCGCCGUGGCUCGACGACCCGAGCGACCUGUUCGUGGACGGUGGCAUCACGCUGUUGGGGGCGCUCAUGGCGUUCUGCAUGUCGAUGGCUGAGUUUGAGCUGCUGAAGGAGACCAGCGCGGUGACGGUGAUGGUCAUCGGCACGGCGAAGGACGUCGUCACGGUGGCGUGCUCGAUACUCAUAUUCGGGGACGUGUUCGGGUGGGAAAAUUUCUUCGGGAUGUGUUUCGUGCUGGCGGGCAUAGCGGCGUACAACUACCACAAGGUG